GGAACGGUGCGAGAAUCGCAAGGAGAGCGCGAUAAUGGCGGCGAUUGCGUUGCGAUGGCGGCGCUCGUCGGGGAGAGAGGACGUGGUGGGGUGGUGGGAUAGGCCGUGAUGGGAUCGAGGGUGGUGCUUGAUGGAGUCGCGACCUGGACGACCUUUUUCUCAAUCGCGUCGCUGUUUGCUCUGCCACAAAUUCACACGGCCAAGGUGACUGGGUUAUGUAAUCCAACGUGCAAAGCUUGGACCAUCUCUACCCCGGGUCACCACCUAAGUUACCCUAUACCUCCAUAUCGCGUGAAUCGGGAAAAUGAAAAUGGGCUGGCCGUUGAACCCAACUCCACUUGUCAGAUCUAAAGGAUGAGCCGCAGCUUAAUGGUUGGUUAUUCUAUUUACCUCCGGGAUUUGAUAAAUAGUGCAUGUAACUUACACUCUGCCAAGGUCGCAAAAUUCAAUACAUUUCCUCAGUGUUC